GGGCCAUCUUUUCCACGGGUAUUCUGAAGCCUCAGCGAGUUCCACGGAACAUGGAAGCACCGUUUUUGCUUUCUACAACGUGUCCUCUCACCCUCCUGUGACUAGCAUGAUGAGCCAAACAACUUUCCAAGAGCCUCCCAACAAUUAUGGCAGCCAACCAUCAUCUUUCAUAUCAGCCACCUCGAUUUGCGCUGCAAACCGCGAGCCGACAGGGUCAAACCAUAAUCACGCCUAACUACCGCUUUUGUUUUAGAUCAUAGUGGGGCCAGGUUACUCUGAGCAUCAAAAGAAUUUCCAUCUGGUUCUUUCGAACUUCUUCCCUUUUUCUUCCUUGUACCUCACCCCUCCGUCACUCCGUCACUAAUCUGCAUCCCCUUGCUACAGUCCUGUAAGGCUUCUGACAUUCAGCCCUUCUGCUAUCUUGUUGACUUCAGAAUCGUCUUUACCAAAACUCUCCAAGCAGCCAUGGAGGCAAUCCAGACGGGCGAGAAGCUCAUAGAGGCAAUUGCCUCGGCGGAUGAGUCCACUCUGCGCGCAGUCCUGCGCGGCCUUUGCGCUGAGCGUGAGGUUGCACAACUCAUCAGCAAGCAUUUGUAUGAAGUGAACAAGCUCAAUGCGGCCAAGGGAGGAAGUUCUGGCUCCAAACGGAAAGCGACGUCUCCCGUUCAUAUCUGCAUUCAAUGUGGCCAGGCUUUUGAGGAAGACGACAAUAAGAAGGAAUGUCGCUACCACUCAGAGGAUAUGGAAUUCGACGAAAAUUCGUCCACAUGGUAUGACUGGAACGAGGAUUGCCAUGGCUAUAUGGAUUCGGAAGAGAACCGUCGUAAUCCUGACCUCCUCGGGGGAUUCGUUUAUCCAUGCUGCGAUAAGCGAGCCGAUGAGGCAGAAGGGUGUAAAUUGGGUUACCACCGGGCCGUUGACGGCAAAAGAGGAAGGUUUGAUGUUGAUGAUUCGGCCGAUGAGAAGGACGAAGGGGAGGAUGACGAAGAGCAAAAGGAGGAUGAGUAAAGCGAUAGCAACGGCAAACAAACGAGGCGAUACCACACAAUCCAGCACUGGUAUGUUUGUUAGUCCUGUACAAGAAAGCUAAGGCUUUACUAGGUGUAUAAAAUAUUUUAGCCCUCUAUAAAGGGUUCUGUUAUACAGGCUUAUUAUCCAAUUUUGAAGGCCUUGAAGGAAAUGGCGGGAGGCAUUGGAGGACAUCCAUCAGAGGCUUCUGUAGUAGCGUCACAAACCCGUACCUUUAU